AUGGGUCGUCCUAACGCAUCUAAAGUACAUUCAUAUUAUAAAUUUGAUUGUAAUUUAAAAGAGUCGUCAUGUAAACAUUGCACUGCCAAAAUUAAAGGUAACCAUAGUACAAAUUUAAGAAAACACCUUGCAAGCCAUCAUAAUGAACAAUAUGAAGAGUUACUGGUAAAUGAAUCAAAAAUAAAUAAAAAAACAAAUGGUGUUUCUAAGAUCAUUGCACAUCAACGAUUAUUUAAUUUGAAUGAAUCAAAACAUGUCAAAGUCAGUAUCAAUGAAAAAACAAUUAUUGAUGCUUGUGUUGAUCUUGUCACAAUUAAUGGACGGCCAUUUAGUAUGCUGAAUGAUACAGGAUUUCGAAGAAUACUUGAUCCAGUUUUAAAUGGAUUUCAGAAGAAAUUUAAAAUUAAUUCAAACAUAAUAAAGAAACAUGUGCACGAAGAGUCUCUUCUUAUUCAGCAAGAAAUAAUAACUGAAGCUAGUUCCAAACUCAUUUCUCUGAAGUUAGAUGCAGUUACUCGACUAAAUAGGUCAUUUUUAGGUGUAAACAUGCAGUAUAUUGUAGAAAAUUCUAUUAAACUCAAGACACUUGGAUUAAUAGAAUUAACUGAAUCACAUACUGGUAUUUAUUUAAAACAGACAAUUUUAAAUAUUCUUAAAAAAUUUAAAAUUGAUCCUAAGCAGUUGUAUACAAUAACAUCGGAUAAUGGCGCAAACAUGCUUAAGGCGAUAAAUUUAGUUGAAAAAGAUGUAUCAACAACACUUCAAACAGAAUUACUCGAUGAAUCAGACACCGUCAAUGAUGAUGUGAUUCUGAAUGAUACAAAUGAAACCCACUCAAAUAUAAGUUCAGAUGAUGAGUGUAGUGAUAGGUAA